AUGGCUGGAUUCCUGUUACGUGGUCCUCUGGUGAGGCUGUGCUUGGGCCUGGUAUGUGUCCUGUCCCUUUGGAACACAGUCACUGGUGCUAAAGGAGAAGCCAAGAAAGAAAAGGGACUGGCCUUCCUACCUACACCAGGGUCUGGCCUCAGAGGAGGAGAGAGGAAGGAGAAGGCGGUGGCAUUUCUCGCUACCACAGAGCUACCUGCAAGGUCGAUCGAUCUGUCUGCACUUAACCUGACAGAGCUCGUGAAUGGGAUGUUGAGCAGAGCUUUAAAAGACAGCAAGAAGUUCUUCUCCCUGCUCAGCGUCACUUCCUACAGCUCCUUCGCCUUCCACAAGCUGUCUGUGGCCAUCUACAACAUUUCUCAACUGAAGACUGUGGACGCUGCCAGGUUCCCCGCGAGGUACUGCUACUGUGUCAGCAAUCGGACCAAUGACUUAUCAGAUUUUACAGCCCUACUGGUGGAUAUCAUUGGGAAUUCUACCAGCUACCUCACAGAGAUUUUUAAAUCCACCUCCAUCCUCUCAGUGAGUCCAAGCAAUGAAUCCGACUGCAUCUUCAUCUGCGUGAUGACGGGAAAGUCAGGAAGGAAUCUUUCUGACUUCUGGGAGAUGGCAGAGAAACCCCCUGUCAUCAAUUACACGUUUACCAGUAGUGUGUCUGGCGUCCUGGGUGCAGCUACCAGGGGGACCGCUGGGACUUCAGGACCCACGACCAGAAGCCUGCAAAUACUACCCAGUACAAGUCCCCCACACUGGGCCCAGAGCACACACUGGGCGUUUGCUCUGAGAACAUCUCCCUGGAGGGAGACACCUGUUCCUUCAGAGGGAGAAAAGAUUCUGAGCACAGGUGGGCUUCCCCAGCUUCCUGCCAGGGUCACAGCCACAGGGGGCGUUGCCUCUCAGACCCUCCCCACCUUGGCUACCAUGGGAAUGGCCAGAACUCCUUGGGUAACAGCCAGCAGAGAGACGUGGGCUUCUACACUGUCUGAGACCAUCAGUGAGAAAAAACCUGGAGGGCCCCCCUGGGAAGCAGGUCCCUCCACACCAUUAUCUCCUGCAGGGGCCGAGGAAGCCAUGACCAUAGUUAGCCUGGUGGGGCCUCCUGGGAUGACAGCCAUGCCUGGCAGCCCUCCCCAGACCAGCACCACCCCAGGAACAUUCACUCCUGGUACACAGACUCCAAGUCCAACCAAGGCGUCAGCCCCCAAAGAUCUACAGACAGGUGAUCUUCCUGCAGAUCGGCCAUUCAUCCCCAGGGAAGAACCAGUACUGUUCCCAAGACCCCACCACAUGUCAAAGUGCCCUCAGCCCCUCCUCAAAGAGGGGGCCAUGGCAGCUGCUCCUCUCAUGCUGGCCGUCCAGAAGCUCAACCCAUGCUUGAUGGAGCUGUGCCGCUUUUUCCAGCAAUGCCUCUGCCGGAGUCAGACAGAUCCCAGGACAGAGGCCCUGAGGUACUGUCCUGAGUACUAUUCCUGGUAUCUGAAGAAUGCAACGUAUGUCUGUCAGAGGGUGAAAAGGCUGUCACACUCUCACACCUUAAAACAAAAAUGCCUUGAGAAUAUCUGCAAGUCUGUGUAA